GUUUUUUUUGCCAUAUUAAGACACAUCCGUGGUAUAUACAACUUUUAGUGCUGUACUUUGCUUUAUCGUGCCUUUUGUUUUAAUGGUAGUCUUUUUCGUGAAAAUUAUAAGAACGGGUUACACCGACAGAAUUGUCAACCGGAACAUAAUUGCACAACGGAAUUACAAUGAUAAAUCUGCAGAAGAGCCACGGAUUAUGCAAGACUUCCGGCAUGCUAAUUUGACUGGUACAAUUUGUAUUGCCUGGCUUCUUCUUGAAGCGCCUCAUGUUCUGACGUCAUACUUCAAACAACUUCAGAAUAGUUCAGAACUUGAUAGCUUAAAGAGGGAGGAUUUGAGAUACGUUUGGUACGUCGAUCUUGUGUUACUAUGGUUACGGUUUUGCUAUGCUAUGGCUCUUCCAGUUGCCUCUUUCACAUGGAGUAAAGACCUUUGGAACAGUUUUAAGGAUAUCAUUCUAUGCCGUAAAAAUAAUUCAAUAGGUGAUGAAUCUUUAAAGAAAAACGAAAAUGAAAAGAUAAGAUUAGAAAAGAAAAUAAGAGAAGAAAAACUAAAAGAAAAAGAAGCCAAUAUAACAGCAAGAGAACAGAGGGUUUUCCACGUACCAGAAUUGUUCGCAACGUCAAAAGGCGUGAAUCCGGACUGA